GAAUGGCGGCCCACAUGGGAAUGGACGGUUGAAACGUGAAAGACCUUUCCACUGAUUCCUACUUUGAUAGGUAGGUUCGGCAUUUACGAUGCCGUCUCAUACUUUUCCCCUCCCUUCCCUCUUACUUCCCUGCUUCUCGUCACCCUUCCAUCAUCUCUUUAAAAAAAAUUUGAAUCCAUCCUCCUCCAGGAAAGAAAAAUUCUCCCCACACUCUAUAUUCAUAUUUUAUGAACCAUAUGUAAAAAAAGAAAAACAAGUUUCUGUUUCUUAAUGGCUGCCAAGCUGGGUUCGUUUAGGCACUCCCUGCUAGAGAAAAAGGGGAGAACAAAGGGGUGCCCAGUACUGGGAUUGUACGAGGAAGAAGAAGAGCAGGGGAAAAUAUGCUUUUCUUACAGGUUGGUAAGCGACAAAGUGACCGGGUUCUCAAAAAAGGUUCAAGAUGUUGCACUCAAGGCAUGGCAAAUGGGAAUAUCGGAUCCCAGAAAGAUUGUUUUCUCUGCCAAGGUGGGUCUUGCCUUGAUGCUUAUUUCUUUGCUUAUCUUCUUGAAAGAACCCAUCAAGGAGCUCAGUGAACACUCUGUUUGGGCUAUUCUUACUGUUGUUGUCGUCUUUGAAUUUAGUAUAGGAGCAACUCUUAGCAAAGGAUUUAACCGUGGGCUAGGGACAUUAUCAGCUGGAGGUCUUGCAUUGGGUAUGGCUGAAUUGUCCCAAUUGGCUGGAGAAUGGGAAGAAGUUGUUAUUGUUCUUAGCAUCUUUAUAAUAGGAUUCUUUUCAACUUAUGCAAAACUUUACCCAGCAAUGAAGCCUUACGAGUACGGUUUCCGCGUGUUCACGUUGACGUAUUGUUUCAUAACGGUAUCCGGGUAUAGGACAGGGGAAUUCGUCCAUACAGCAGUGACGCGAUUUUUGCUAAUAGCACUUGGUGCCAGUGUUAGUUUAGUUGUUAAUAUAGGCAUUUACCCCAUCUGGGCUGGUGAGGAUCUGCACAACUCGGUGGCUAAAAAUUUCAUGAGUGUGGCGAAUUCUUUAGAAGGAUGUGUUAAAGGUUACCUUAACUGCGUUGAAUAUAAACGGGUCCCUUCAAAAAUUCUAACUUAUCAAGCUUCAGAUGACCCGGUUUACAGUGGCUACAGAUCAGCUGUGGAAUCGUCGAGUCAGGAGGAAUCUCUGUUGGGCUUUGCCAUCUGGGAACCACCGCACGGUCCAUACAGGUCACUUGGUUACCCAUGGAAGAAUUAUGUCAAAGUAAGUGGAGCAUUGAGGCAUUGUGCAUUCAUGGUCAUGGCAUUACAUGGCUGUAUACUUUCAGAAAUACAGGCUCCACCGGAACGGAGACAAGUGUUCUGUCAAGAACUUCAGAGGGUAGGCACUGAAGGUGCUAGAGUGUUGCGUGAGCUAGGGAACAAAGUAAAAAGGAUGGAGAAAUUAGGUUUUACUGACAUUCUAUGUGAAGUAAGUGAGGCUGCAGAAGAGUUGCAAAGGAAAGUUGACCGGAAAUCAUACCUCCUUGUCAAUGCCGAAAGUUGGGAAAUUGGGAACCGACCACAGAUUCUAUUAGAGCCCCAAGAUUUUCUUAGCUCGGAUGGUGAAGAACACAAAGUCCUGGGUUAUAAGUCCUUUAGUGAAACAGUACUUGAUCUCAGAUCGGUUUCCAUGCCAAAUAAUUGGGAUUACCUCAAUACCAAUGGGGAUGUCAACCCCGUUGUCUCUCCCGGCACACCCUCUGAAGAUUUACUUAAGCAGCAGAUAUCAUGGUCAGCACGCCCUACGUUUAACCCCGAUGUGAAGAAACUUCCGGAAGAGUCAAAAACAUAUGAGAAUGCAAGUGCAUUGUCAUUGGCAACAUUUACUUCACUUUUGAUUGAAUUCGUUGUAAGGUUGCAAAAUGUUGUUGAUGCAUUCGAAGAGCUGAGUGAGAAAGCAAACUUUAAGGAACCUGACGAGCUACCAGCAGCAGCUGCAGCAAGAGAGUCCAUUGGCUUUUGGUCCAAAUUGUUUAGAAGCCUGAAGUUUUAGAAUUUGCAUAAAACAUAGUAGUUAAGAAUUAGAAAAGUAGGAAAUGGAAUUGCUUGGAGCCUAAAUCCGGCGUUACACCUUAAGAUCUGAACCUCAACAUGUAGGAUUUUAACAAGUCUCUUCCCAGUAUAAUGUUCUAUAACUUAAUGAGAUCGGAUCUAAUAGAAUGGAAUGGAACGUGAGGUGAAAACUGCUGUCUUAGCCAGACACGACUUAAACCAACAGUGUACAAGGUUGUAGGGUAAACAUUUUGACCUCUUAACUGCAACUGCUGUAGCCAAGACUUCUAUGUUAUUAUCCAUCAAUCCAUGUUAAAACUAGUCCAUUCGAACCAGCAAGUUUUAGACGGGUUCGAUCUUUGUUAUUCGAGAAGUACAACAUGAAACUGCGAUUGUUUUCAGGUUAUGAGGUGGAGAAUGUUAUGAUUUUCUUUAUUGUCCUUGA